GGUUGUUCAGGUUACAUCUAGGAAAGGCAAACAUGAAGUCGUUCAUUGCAUUCUCGAUGGUAUUGGCUGUUGCCAGCUGUGCAGCCAUCCACGCCUCGGAAGUUGAGCAGCACGGAACCUGGAGUCACGACUUGGAACAUGAUCAUCACCACCAACAUGAACAGGAACAUUAUUAUGAUCACCACGAAGAACACAAGCACGAACAACACGAACAGGACCACCACCAAUAUCAACAUCAGGAUUUGAGCCACCACUGGGAACCAAAGAACGAAGUGAAACACGUGAUCACCGAAAAGGUUCCAGUUCCAUACCCGGUGGAGGUAGCGAAGCACGUCCCAGUUCCAGUGAAGGUUCCAUAUCCAGUGCACACCGAGAAACAGGUUCCGGUGAUUGUCGAGAAAAAAGUACCAGUGUACUACGAGACUAAAGUUCCCGUCCAUGUGGAUCGGCCAGUUCCAUACCCAGUUCACGUCGAGGUUCCAAUCUACCAGAAGGAAUACAUCGAGGUCCCAAGGAAACACGAAGUUUUUGUUGAGAAGCCUUAUCCAGUGUACGUGAAAGAUCCGAUCUACGUUGAGAAGCCAGUACCAUUCACCGUUUUAAUCAAGAAGCAAGAAAAGAAGCCAUUCUGGGGUUGAAUGUGAUCGUGCUUAGUUGUUAUUGCGUAGCUGAUUAUAGGUUAUGAAAUAUUAUUCAUAAGUUGUUGAAUAAUCCGAAUAGAUGUUGAUAAAAAAUUAAA